CUGCUCCACGUCAGCUGAGGGAGGGAAGAGCUCCGGCUGGGGAAAGUGUUGGCCAUGUGUGACGCUGGCGGUUACCGAGCCCUGCAGGCGAGAAGCGCGGGCCUACUCAAGGGCAGGCCCUGGGCGGCGGCGGCCACGGAGGAAGCCGGCUAUGAGUACGGCUCCACGAAGUACCUGCUGCUGUGCGGCCUGGGCGGGAUGCUGAGCUGCGGGGUGACGCACACGGCCGUCGUGCCCCUGGACCUGGUCAAGUGCCGCAUGCAGGUGGAUCCCGGCAAGUACAGGGGCAUCCUGAGCGGCUUCGGCGUGACGGUGCGGGACGAUGGGCUGCGCGGCCUGGCCCGAGGCUGGGCCCCGACCUUCCUGGGCUACUCCCUGCAAGGCCUCUUCAAGUUCGGCCUCUACGAGGUCUUCAAGAUCCGCUAUGCGCAGCUCCUGGGCCAGGAGAAGGCCUACGAGUGGAGAACCAGCCUGUACCUGGCGGCCUCGGCCAGCGCCGAGUUCUUCGCCGACGUGACCCUGGCGCCGAUGGAAGCGGUGAAGGUUCGCAUUCAGACGCAGCGGGGCUACGCCCGCACUCUCCGGGCCGCAGCCCCCAGAAUGUACGGCGAAGAGGGCCUGUGGGCCAUCUACAAAGGCGUGGCGCCGCUCUGGAUGAGGCAGAUCCCCUACACCAUGAUGAAGUUCGCCUGCUUUGAGCGUACCGUCGAGGCGCUCUACAAGUACGUCGUGCCCAAGCCCCAGAGCCAGUGCACCAAAGCCCAGCAGCUGGCUGUGACCUUCGUGGCCGGCUACAUCGCUGGCGUCUUCUGCGCCGUCGUGUCCCACCCCGCCGAUUCCGUCGUGUCCGUUUUAAACAAGGAGAAGGGCAGCACAGCCUUCGCGGUUCUCCACAAACUGGGGUUCGGGGGUGUGUGGAAGGGCCUGUUCGCCCGCAUCAUCAUGAUUGGCACCCUGACUGCGCUGCAGUGGUUCAUCUAUGACUCGGUCAAGGUCUAUUUCAAGCUGCCUCGCCCUCCGGUCCCUCAAGCUCCCGAAUCCCUAAAGAAAAGGAAGUAGGUAUGGAUGGGACG